AUGCGUGCGGAAGGAGAGAGCGGCGUCGUGCGUACGGUCACGUACCCUCGGGCGGCUUCCGAGCCUUUCUAUCCACCAUUGUGCCCGAUUCUGUCGGCCCUCUUCGCCGGUCACGGCGCGUUAUCCCUUUGUUUCUCUUUCGAACGGUGUAUUUUCGUGUGUGACCGAUUAACCACGACUGUGACUAAUAUAUCUGAAUUAACCGUAAGGAAUGCGGCCGCAUCCGGUGCGUCACGCUCCCGCGCUCGGAGACAGCCUUCGACGUCGCCCCCCGUCCAUUGCGGACUCCGUGCUUUUCGCUUCGGCUUUACCGUACGAGGCCGGCGAUGUGAGCCGUCCGCCCGAAGUGCAUCUAUGAUCGGCACGUCCGGAACGGCGCGCCCUCACUUCAGAACUCGGCGAGAGGUCGGGUCAGUGCGUCGUGUUGCUUCCGAGGGUCAAUCGCAAUUCGCUCGCAAGUUAGUUCUAUCUGUAGCGGACCCUUUGCCGAUGGUUGAGUGCGAUUUCCAUAGAAAGGCGUGCGUCAAAAGGCGACCCCAAGCACCGCGAAUGUCCGAUGAGCGCGCUUCGAUUCGCAUUGACUCAUCGCAAGAUUUAUCGACGAACGCAUUCCACGACAAGAGUCCAAUUCGAUAA